AUGGAAAAAGUUGGCAAGUGGUCUACGGAGCAAAAAAGUUUGGGAACCUCUGAUGUAGACCAAAAAUUGAAUUUCCUCGCAAUGAAGACAAAAGAAAAUUUUCAACAAUAUAUAAAUUAUAAGUCUGAAUGGAUUACUGGAAUUGAUAACUGGCAACAUCUUUCUCAGAAAAUAUUUAAACAUGAAAGUUCAAUUCAACAUAUUGAAUCUGUAAAAAUUCGAUCUCUGUGGGUGUUCGAUCUUUUUACUGGAAAUACUGCUCUUCGAGGGAAUGAAGGUAAAUUUAGUUCAAAAAAUCAGUUUUCCGAAGGUAAUUUUUUACAAACCGUUAGAUUAGUUGCAAAUUAUGAUCCCAUAUUGAGCAAACUUAUUAAUUGUGAGAAAAGCAAAAUCAAAUAUCUGAGUCACACAAUAGUUGAUGAAUUAAUUGGAAUUUUAUCUUCAGAUCUACUCAAAACUAUUUGUAAUGAAAUAAAGUUAUGCCAAUGUUUUUCCAUUAUAAUGGAUUCUACUUUAGAUAUAACUAAACUGGAUAAGCUGAGUGUUAUUAUUCGGUACACUGUUAUAAAUUUUGAAGAGAAGAAACUAGAAGUUAAGAAGUCAUUUGUAGGUUUUUUUGAGUUAAAACACCACGGAGCUGCUGAUUAUUCACAGAUGAUAUGUGAAAUUUUAUCAAAACUUGACUUGGAUAUUAACAAAUGCCGUGGACAAGGUUAUGAUGGGGCAUCUGUGAUGAGCGGAGUCCAUUCUGGCGUUCAAACUAGAAUAAAAGAACUUGUUCCAUCAGCUUUGUAUAUUCAUUGUUAUAGUCACAAUCUUAAUUUAGUAAGAUCUGAUGCAGCUAAAUGUCAUAGUAAAAUAUUGAAUUUUUUUGACACAGUUCAAGCAAUUUUUAAUUUUUUUGCUAGUAGUGCGCCAAGAUGGGCACUUUUAGCAUUUGGACAUGAUAUUUCUAUUAAAAUCCGUACAAAGGUUCUAAAAAAAGUGUGCCCUACUAGGUGGGAAGCUCGACAUGAUGCAAUAUUUUCCCCGAAAGAACGUUAUAUAGAUAUACUUAAAUCGUUAACUCAUAUUAUUCUUACUAGUAAUAAAACAUCAGAAAAAACAUUAGCCAGUGGAUUAAAAAAAAAGUUCUUUGCAUAUUUAUCAAAACGACUACAAAAUAUAAAUAUGGAUUUGGAAGCAGCUUCAAACAUGAUACAGAUGGCUCUGACAUCAACUCAAGACAUCAGAGAUAACUACCAGCAUAUUUUAAUUAUUGCAAAAGAAUUAUGUAAAAAAUGGAAUAUACCAGUCACAUAUCCCAAUGAACGUAAAAAACAAGCAGUAAAAUAUUUUGAUGAAAUAGAUGGUGAUCGUAGACUUAAUACUAAUGAAGAUAAUUUUAAAGUUCAAAUUUUUUUCCCUGUUAUGGACUCUGUUUUAUCACAACUUGUAGCUCGAUUUAAAGGAACACAUGAGGUAAUUGAAACUUUUUCAUUUUUAAAUCCUACUUCAUUUUUAUCAAAAACUGAAAAAGAAGUUGUCAAUGCAUCAUAUGACUUCAUAUUAAAAUAUACGAACGAACAUUUAGUAAACCCAUAUACACCGCUUGAAUUACAUAGAGUAAAAGAAAUAAUUAAGAAGACAUUAGAAUUAAUAGCAAUAGUGCGUGAGGUGCGUGAACCAACUUGUUCACAAUUAGCAAUAUUAAUGGAUGAAGUAAUACAGGCAGCAGCGGCCGCCGAGGAAUAA